GCCGGGAGCCGGGAGCCGGGAGGCGGGAGGCGGGUGGCGCGUUCCCGGCCCGUGCCCCUCGCUGGGUCGCGGGGGCCCAGAAGCCGGGGCCCUCGCCGCUCUCCCGCCCCGCGCGGGAUGGACCGGGAGACACGCGUGUUCGCCGAGAGCCACUUCCGAGGCCUCCGGGGGCGCCCAGCAGGCGGGGUGGGCGCGUCCCCGGGCCGCGUGGACUUCAUCGAGGGGCCUGACUCCUUCUCCUACGCCGACUUUUUCAAGGGCUACCUGCUGCCCAACGUGCCGUGCGUCUUCUCCAGCGCGUUCACCGAGGGCUGGGGCAGCCGCAGGCACUGGGUGACCGCCACGGGGAAGCCCGACUUCGAGCACCUGCUCCGCCAGUAUGGAGAAGUGGUGGUCCCCGUGGCCAACUGCGGGGUGCGGGAGUACAACUCCAACCCCAAGGAGCAGAUGCUCCUCCGCGACUACAUCAGCUACUGGAAGGACUACAUCCAGGGGGGCUACUCCUCUCCGCGCGGCUGCCUCUACCUCAAGGACUGGCACCUGUGCAGGGACUCCUUGGCAGAGGAUGUGUUCACCCUGCCCAUGUACUUCUCAUCUGACUGGCUCAAUGAGUACUGGGACAUCCUGGACGUGGAUGACUACCGCUUCAUCUACAUGGGGCCUGCCGGCACCUGGUACCAUUUGUCACCGUUCCAUGCCGACAUCUUCCGCUCCUUCAGCUGGUCUGUCAACAUUUGUGGGAGGAAAAAGUGGUUCUUCUUCCCUCCGGGGCAGGAAGAAGCCCUGCGCGAUUGCCACGGUGGCCUGCCCUACGAUGUGACCUCCCCUGCACUCCUUGACAGCCAGCUGUACCCCAUGCGCGAGCACUGCAGCCCACCCCUGGAGGUCACGCAGGAGGCGGGCGAGAUGGUCUUUGUGCCCAGCGGGUGGCACCACCAAGUCCACAACCUGGAUGACACUAUUUCCAUCAACCACAACUGGGUCAACGGUUGUAACUUGGCCAAUAUGUGGCACUUCCUGCAGCAAGAGCUCCGUGCUGUGCAGCAGGAGGUCAGUGAGUGGAGGGACACGAUGCCUGACUGGCACCAACACUGCCAGGUCAUCAUGCGAUCCUGCUCUGGGAUCAAUUUUGAAGAAUUUUACCACUUCCUCAAGAUCAUCGCUGAAAGGAGGCUCCUCCUCUUGGCCAAAGGGAUGGGCCAUGGUGAAGUGGAGGACAGUCAGGACACUCGGCUGGGCCGCCAGCAGGCUGCUUUUGAUGUCAGCCGGAUUGCAGAGGUGCUGGCAUCUGUGGUGGCCCACCCCGACUUCCAGAGACUGGACACUAGCAUGUUCUCUCUGCAGCCAGAGGAGCUCUUGCAGCAGCUGGAAGAGGUCAUGGUCACCACCGCCUCUCUUUAGCGAAUGCAGCCUGGAUCAGGCGGAACCCUGAGGCACCAGCCUGGGAGGCAGGCAGUCUGUUCUAGUGUCGCUUCCAGAAAUAAAGCUCAGUGCUUCUGUGUGGGCUCGGA